GCAGCGGUCGGGCGACUUUCCAAAUAAAACUCUCAUAGACGAAGAGCUUCGAGAAGGACAAAGGAAGCACAGCGAGCUCAUAAGCACGUUAACGAGAGAACACACCUCGCGGCGGCAGGUUGGCUCUGCAUAAAUAUCCUAGAAAAUAAGUAUUGGUGUUUGGAGUUUUUGCUGGAAUAUCAAACGUUAAAUUUGAUAACCAGUGAGAAACAGAUGGAUCACUUGGCAGCCGCUGAAGAGCAAAUUGCUUCACAGAGAUUGCAGCAGAAACUCCAGGAAGUGAAUGUAGCUGCUCAAGCUCAUCUAGCCCCUGUCCAAGACCAUGUCAAUUUUACCCUUCAGAAAGCGUAUUUCAGAUGCGCUUAUGAGUGCUUUGACAGAAGCAGGAAGCAGGAAGAAAUCACCAGAUGUGUCGAGAAUUGCAGUAUUCCUCUUUCGAAUGCUCAACAGAAGUUUGAUCAUGAGAUGGCUCAGUUUCAAGAAAAGUUGAAUAGGUCUCUGAUGGUAUGCCAGGAUAAGUACGAGGCAGCUAAGAUGCAGAAAAAACCAGGAGCUAUGAAUGAUAUGGUUUCAUGUGCUGAUCAAUCAAUCCAGGAUGGCAUUAAGAUGCUGCCACUUCUUGCUGACAAGUUAAAAGCUUCCCUUUCCAUUAGGGACAAUUCUUCGUAGAUGAUUUUUGACUUGGCAUAUUCGUAAAUUAACAUAGAAGAUUGGAAGAUAAACCUUGCCCUUUUCUGCAGCUAUUUUUUGAACUGCCCAUUACUUUCUAUAGUUCGAAUAGGAACACAUUUAGAGUUCAAUGACUUGCGGGAAGUAUUAUAGAUGAAGAAGUGUAGGUUCUAAUUUAGUGGGCGUGGCCUUAGAUAUCCUUAUUUUUAUUAAAGUUCAUCAAUGAUUGGAGAUUCUGAUUAUUCUGUGUUAUCAAUCAGUGACAAUUUUUGAAUGCAAGAGGUUGAAUUACAGAGGGCAAUCAUG